GCCGAAUCCCGACCCCAGGAGCCUUUGUCGGGGGCCCCUGGACUAUGACGGUCGGGUUCGGUUCACUUGCUACGCCGGCUCCUUAUUGUCUUUUAGCGUCUUCCGGCCAGUGGGGGGGACGGCAAACGCCGUUCGUCGGCAGCAGCAGGUAGUCUCUGCUUCCAGGGCCCGGCUGGAGGGCUAGAGCAGCGGGUUAUCCUCCGGUGGCGCGGUGGUCGUGUCACCGUCGUAUCACUUUCCAGAACUGGCGACCCUCCCACGCAGCAGAUCGCUCGCGACAACUGCAAGAAGCAAAAUCACCAGUAACAGCCCCCGGGCUUCCUUCCUUCUUGUGGUUACCCAGACUAUGUCGGCCUGCUCUGGGUCACUGGUUGUUUCCUUUUGUCGCGCUGCUGGCUGGGUCCCAAGAAGAUGGCUGCACUCGGAAGCUGUCCAAAGCCAGUGGGUGGUGCAGGCUCGGGUGGAAGCUGCAAACCCGAUGACUGCAAACCCGAUGACAGCAAUAAACUGGUGCCGAAGGGACUUCAACACGGAGACGACCAAGAGAGAACACGGAGUUGGACAACCAUCAUGCUUUGUGAUGGAGUUUCAAAAAAUUCCCGGCUCUCAGUUCUCUCAGAAAAAAGUCCAAACGAGGACUCCCACACGCCGUGGGCACGGUGCAAUUAUUUCAACCGUGUUAAAUAAAACAAUUAUUUCAGAACAGCAUGAAGUAAAAAUCACAUGAUA